GCGAGUAGUCAAAGCUCUCCUUGUGACAGUACGCCAAGGGUUCAUCAUUCUUCAUCUAUUUAAUGCUCCUGAAUCAGUAAGAAAGAAUGAAUAAACGAGUAAAAUUGCUUUCAAUUUUAAUUCAGCAUGAUGUUAAUAAUAGCAACGCCUUGUUUCUGUGAAAGAGAGAGGCUGAUUCAACUGACAACUGCAGCUGGUGUUCUGAGUUCAUUGAAGAAUUACUUUCUAAAUGGAUGUGUUUUCCUUCUCACUACUGAAUAUCAUACAGAAACGAGGCCGUCUUCAGUGAAACUAGGCCGACUUCUCUCAGAUGAAAGUAUUCUUACGACCCAUGUUCCCCUCCACUCAUUCAACCAUACUCUGGCUGACUACAAGUGUCGCAACAGUGGCCCUCUGAACGUCAUUCUGUCUGGAGACAUACGAGCUAUGUCAUCUCUACGUCAGCUGUCAGAGACAACAAGUCUGUCCGGACCGACAUGGUUGAUGUUCUCGAAUGUGUCAUCCCUGGAAGAACUUCUUGAUGAUAUCAAUAUUCCUUUCGAUUGCGAAUUCCUGGUAGCCCGACAGGGCGAGAAUGGAGUAAUAAUACUCACAGAAGUAUACAAGACUGCAACGGGAAGGCCGCUCCUCAACAACUAUUUUGGGUACUGGGCAUCGAAGAUGAAAUUCAGGUUUUCCUCGGCAGAUUUCUACAGCAGAAGAUCCAGUCUCCAAGGCCUUCUCAUUUCUGUAGCAACUAUCGAGAACCCUCCAAUAACUGCGUUUGAAAAAAUCGAUGGUCAAAUGAAACUGGGAGGAUAUUUCGGUGUCGUAUGGCAGGUCCUGGAGCAGAGGAUGCAGUUCGGGACAAACUUCACUUUCCCUGAGGACGGCGGCAGAGGCUCUGUGCUAAUUAACGGUACGGCAACUGGUAUGAUCAAGAUGAUACAAGAUAAGCAAGUUCAUGUGGCUGUGGACGCUUUCGGAAUGAGUGGAAUAAGAGCCAUGGUUGUCGACUUCACCGUCCCCUUGCUUUCCACAAGGUACUGUGUCUUCGUGAAGUCUCCAGACGAAGUGAAACUGCAGUGGGACAACUUCCUCGCUCCGUUCAGUCUGAUGCUCUGGAUAGCUAUGGUGGUAACGGCCCUCAUCAUUUCUGUCCAUCUCACACUGCUCUGCUAUUUGGGAGAGCGCUACGGAAACCAGGAGGCGAAAGAAAUCAAGUUCUACACGCUUAGCGACUCGUUGCUUCUAGUUCUCGGCUUGUUCUGCCAGCAAGGUCAUGACACAACUCCCCAGACGUACUCCUGCCGGGUUGUGUGCAUCUCGACUUACAUUAUCGCCAUGAUGGUCUUCGGCACGUACUCAGCCACCUUCAUAUCCUUCCUGGCCGUGCAAGACAACAGGCUGCCUUAUACAGACCUCAAGAGUCUUCUGGAGGAAGGUGGCUACACGUUCGGUUUGUCGAGCAAGCAUGCGCAGAACUACAUCUCCGAGCGGUCUAGGCAAUUCCUCGAAAGCAAAUUUGGUGAAUCGUACCAAGACGACGUUCAGCCGUCAGUACUGGAUGGACUGCAGAGAGUCUGCAACUCCGAGUACUCUUAUUUGAUUCCAAUGGACACAGCGCUGGCUUUCAAGGGCAGAGUAGAUUGUGAAAUCGUCCCUUUACCUCGUGAAACUAGUUUGUAUAUCCCUCAAGGCUUUGCCAUUGUUAAGCAUAGCCCAUAUCGAGGACUCUUCAAUUACAACCUGAAUAGAUUACGAGCAAAUGGCCUCUUGUACAAAUAUCGGGUUUAUGACAGUAUGAGGAGAACAUGUUCCAAAGAAAAGAGAAUAUGGACAAACGUAAGGCUGGAAGAAGUAAUGGCCAUUAUUAUCUUGCUUCUGGCCGGUAUCAUGGUAUCCGUGGUGGAACUGCUGCUGGAGAGAGUUACUGCAUCUCGCACACUGAUGCAACAGCAACGGCCACCCCGCUCACCUGGACUACAUCCAAGCAAUAUAUCAUCAUGGCAGAUGGAAGAUAACUGCGAGCUGGAGCAGCCAGAUGUGGUUUGAACCUUCUGUUUGAGUAUAAAAACUAUCCCAAAAGCCAGAAGAUUAAAAUAAGACUUUAAGAAUUACCAGUGUAAUCUCACUUUGUAAAAUCGCACUACGAUUAUUUUACACAUACAAUUACAUAUAAUAAGAUACACAUUUUGAGAAACUCUUGAAUUACUGUGCUUAACUUAUAUGGAUCUAAGAAGCAGAACCAGACCAAUCGCAACGUCCCGUCCAGUAGUUAGCUAGUACAUCUGUCUCGUAGUGGAAAUAUUCCGGAUUCAGUCUGUCCGGACACAUAAGUACUGACAUAAUUCUUUAGAACAGGGUUGCAUUCCGUCCACAGGGUUAGUCAUGAUUCAUAGCCAACGUUCCAUUCAACAAUGUACAAAUCUUUAAGUAAUUACAAACUCAUUAAUCAACUGACAGAGAUAGAACUACGAAAUGAUGCCAUGUAGACACAUCCCUGCAUGAAUUUCUUGUCGUAAGAUUAAAAAGAGGGAGAAUAUAUUAUUUUAGAACGAAAUAUAAUUUUCUCUGUAUUAUUUUUGUAUUCAUAUGAAAGACUCGGCUCCAUCUAUCGUACAUUUUCCGUUUUAAUGGGGAUGACUAUUCUGCAACCUAGGGGUCUCGAGAAGGGAGUUCGAAACUCCAUGCAGUAAUUAGAACACUCGUAAACUGGACUCGAAAAAUUGGACCAUGACAAGUACUAACGAAAUUAUAGAUUAAAUCUUCACUGCAAAACACGUACAAAUAAAUGGUUUCAUUAUUAUUAUUAUUAUAUUUUAUUUUUGUUAAUUUUGUAACCGUGCUUAUUAUGU